GCUAGUGUGUGACUGAGUCUGUGUGAGGGAGCGAGUGUGUGUUUGUGUGUGAGGUCCUGAGGUGAGGUGGAGACCAGAAAAGAGGCUCCUUCAGGAGCGAGGGGCGAAGGGAGAGUGAAGGAUCUAGGCUGCGGGACCCGGCGACAGGAAGCUGCCCCCAGCCGGGCUACCGGGUAGGGGAAGGGCCGGCGCAGUCCUCACAGGGCCCCAGAGCCGAGUCGGCCUCACAGCCACGGGCCGUCGGCUUCCUACUUCCUCGACCUCCCCGGUGCCCGGGCCUGAGGAUUAGCUCGGCGGAGGGGUGGGGGGGACAGACUCGAGCAGCCGCCCGUGGUUUCCAAACUCCACCGCUGAGGAACUGUUCAUUCCUUCCCUCGCUCCUUCGCGGGUUUCUCCCCCCACCCCCCCAUGUAGGAGGGUGCUGAGGAGUAGGGAGGGGAGGAGGAGCCUGGCCUACUGUCCGCCCUUUCCCUUCCCACCCCCUUUAGGGGCGCUUUGGUGGGCGUGGAGUUGGAGUUGGGGGGAGGGUGGGGGUUACUUUUGGGAGUGCUGGGGAACUUUUCCCCCUUUUUCAGGCCAGGGGAAAGGGAAUGCCCAAUUCAGAGAGACAUGGGGGCAAGAAGGACGGGAGUGGAGGAGCUUCUGGAACUUUGCAGCCGUCUUCCGGAGGUGGCAGCUCCAACAGCAGAGAGCGUCACCGUUUGGGGUCGAAGCACAAGCGGCAUAAGUCCAAGCACUCCAAAGACAUGGGGUUGGUGACCCCCGAAGCAGCAUCCUUGGGUACAAUUAUCAAACCUUUGGUGGAGUACGAUGAUAUCAGCUCUGAUUCCGACACCUUUUCUGAUGACUUGGCCUUCAAAUUAGAUCGAAGGGAGAACGAUGAACGUCGUGGAACGGAUCGGAGUGAUCGCCUGCACAAACAUCGUCAUCACCAGCACCGGCGUUCCCGGGACUUACUAAAAACUAAACAGACCGAAAAAGAAAGAAACCAGGAAGUCUCCAGCAAGUCAGGAUCGAUGAAGGACCGGAUAUCAGGGAGUUCCAAGCGCUUAAACGAGGAGAAUGAUGACUAUGGGAAGGCACAGGUAGCCAAAAGCAGCAGUAAGGAAUCCAGGUCAUCCAAACUUCAUAAGGAGAAGACGCGGAAAGAACGCGAGUUGAAGUCUGGACACAAAGACCGGAGUAAAAGUCAUCGGAAAAGAGAAACACCCAAAAGUUACAAAACAGUGGAUAGUCCCAAGCGCAGAUCCAGGAGUCCCCACAGGAAAUGGUCUGACAGCUCCAAACAAGAUGACAGCCCCUCAGGAGCUUCUUAUGGCCAAGACUACGACCUUAGUCCCCCGAGAUCUCACACCUCGAGCAAUUAUGAUUCCUACAAGAAGAGUCCUGGAAGUACCUCAAGAAGGCAGUCUGUAAGCCCGCCUUACAAAGAGCCUUCUGCCUACCAGUCCAGCGCCCGCUCACCCAGUCCCUACAGCAGGAGACAGAGGUCUGUGAGUCCCUACAGCCGUAGACGGUCAUCCAGCUAUGAAAGGAGUGGCUCUUACAGUGGAAGGUCCCCCAGCCCCUACGGGCGAAGAAGAUCUAGCAGCCCUUUCUUAAGCAAGCGAUCUCUGAGUCGGAGUCCACUUCCCAGUAGGAAAACCAUGAAGUCCAGAAGCAGGAGUCCUGCAUAUUCAAGACACUCAUCUUCUCAUAGUAAAAAGAAGAGAUCCGGGUCUCGAAGUCGUCAUUCCAGUAUCUCACCUGUCAGGCUUCCAUUGAAUUCCAGCCUAGGAGCUGAGCUCAGUAGAAAAAAGAAGGAAAGAGCAGCUGCUGCUGCAGCAGCAAAAAUGGACGGAAAGGAAUCCAAAAGUUCACCUAUAAUUUUUCCUAAAAAAGAGAACAGUUCAGUAGAUGCUAAAGAUUCAGGCUUGGAGUCUAAAAAGUUACCCAGAGGAGUAAAAUUGGAAAAAUCUUCCACAGAUACUGAACUGGUAAAUGUAACACAAUCAAACACAGAGGUCAAAAAUUCUUUAGAUACAGGGAAGGUAAAAUCGGAUGAUAACUCUGAGAAGCAUCUUAUAAAGGAUUUGAAAGUACAGGGAACAAAAGACUCCAAAACAGUGCCAUCGAAAGAGGAGAUUGUUUCUCUAAAGGAAACAGAGACCUCAGAAAAGGAAACCCCUCCACCUCUACCCACAAUUACUUCUCCUCCUCCUCCUUUACCAUCUACUACACCUCCACCUCAGACACCUCCCCUACCACCUUUGCCUCCAUUACCAACUAUUUCACAACCACCUCUGCCUCCUCCCCAACCAGUAUUUAGUCAGGCUGUUGUUUCUAGUACUUCAACUUUGCCUCUUUCUACUCAUACAAGUAGGACAUCAACUUUGUCCUCUCAGGCAAAUUCUCAGCCCCCUGUACAGGUUUCUGUCAAGACUCAAAUAUCUGUGACAGCUGCUAUUCCACAUCUGAAAACUUCAACAUUGCCGCCUCUGCCCCUUCCACCCUUGUUACCUGGAGAUGAUGACAUGGAUAGUCCAAAAGAAACACUUCCUUCAAAACCUGCAAAGAAAGAGAAGGAACAGAGGACACGUCAUUUACUCACAGACCUCCCUCUUCCUCCAGAGCUCCCUGGUGGGGAUUCAUCUCCCCCAGACUCUCCAGAGCCAAAAGCAAUUACACCACCUCAGCAACCAUAUAAAAAGAGACCAAAAAUUUGUUGUCCUCGUUAUGGAGAAAGAAGACAAACAGAGAGUGAUUGGGGGAAACGCUGUGUGGACAAGUUUGACAUAAUUGGGAUUAUUGGAGAGGGAACCUAUGGCCAAGUAUAUAAAGCCAAGGACAAAGACACAGGAGAACUAGUAGCUCUGAAGAAGGUGAGACUAGACAAUGAGAAAGAAGGCUUCCCAAUUACAGCCAUUCGUGAGAUCAAAAUUCUUCGUCAGCUAAUCCACCGAAGCGUUGUUAACAUGAAGGAAAUUGUGACAGAUAAACAAGAUGCACUGGAUUUCAAGAAGGACAAAGGUGCUUUUUACCUUGUCUUUGAGUAUAUGGACCAUGACUUAAUGGGACUGCUAGAAUCUGGUUUGGUGCACUUUUCUGAGGACCAUAUCAAAUCAUUCAUGAAACAGCUUAUGGAAGGAUUGGAUUACUGUCACAAAAAGAAUUUCCUGCAUCGAGAUAUUAAGUGUUCCAACAUUUUGCUGAACAACAGUGGGCAAAUCAAACUUGCAGAUUUUGGACUUGCACGGCUCUAUAAUUCUGAAGAGAGUCGCCCUUACACAAAUAAAGUCAUUACUCUCUGGUACCGGCCUCCAGAGCUACUACUGGGAGAGGAACGUUAUACACCAGCCAUAGAUGUUUGGAGCUGCGGAUGCAUCCUUGGAGAACUGUUCACAAAGAAGCCUAUUUUUCAAGCCAAUCUGGAAUUGGCUCAGCUUGAACUGAUCAGUCGUCUCUGUGGUAGCCCUUGUCCAGCUGUGUGGCCUGAUGUUAUCAAGCUGCCCUAUUUUAAUACCAUGAAACCCAAGAAGCAAUAUAGAAGGCGCCUACGAGAAGAAUUCUCUUUCAUUCCUUCAGCAGCACUUGAUUUACUGGACCACAUGCUGACACUAGAUCCUAGCAAGCGUUGCACAGCUGAACAGACUCUACAGAGUGACUUCCUUAAAGAUGUGGAACUCAGCAAAAUGGCUCCCCCAGACCUCCCUCGCUGGCAGGAUUGCCAUGAAUUGUGGAGCAAGAAACGGCGACGACAGCGACAAAGUGGUGUUGUGGUAGAAGAGCCACCUCCACCCAAAGCCUCUCGCAAAGAAACUACCUCAGGGAUAACUGCUGAGCCUGUGAAGAACAGUAGCCCAGCACCACCCCAGCCAGCUCCUAGCAAAGUAGAGCCUGGGGCUGGGGAUGCAAUAGGCCUUGGUGACAUCACACAGCAGCUAAAUCAAAGUGAAUUGGCAGUGUUAUUAAAUCUGCUACAGAGCCAAACAGACCUGAGUAUCCCUCAGAUGGCACAGCUGCUUAACAUCCAUUCCAACCCAGAGAUGCAACAGCAGCUGGAAGCCCUAAACCAAUCCAUCAGUGCCCUGACGGAAGCCAGUUCUCAGCAGCAGAACUCAGAGUCCAUAGCCCCAGAGGAGUCUUUGAAGGAAGCACCCCCUGCACCAGUUGUCCUGCCUUCAGCAGAACAGACGACCCCUGAAGCUUCAAGCACACCAGCUGACAUGCAGAAUAUGUUGGCAGUUCUCUUGGGUCAGCUGGUGAAAACCCAGGAGCCAGCAGGCAACCUUGAGGAAAACAACAGUGACAAGAAUAGUGGGCCACAGGGGCCUCGAAGAACUCCCACAAUGCCACAGGAGGAGGCAGCAGCAUGUCCUCCUCACAUUCUUCCACCAGAGAAGAGGCCCCCUGAACCCCCUGGACCUCCACCGCCGCCACCUCCACCCCCUCUGGUUGAAGGCGAUAUUUCCAGCGCCCCCCAGGAGUUGAACCCUGCCGUGACAGCCGCCUUGCUGCAACUUUUAUCCCAGCCUGAAGCAGAGCCUCCUGGCCACCUGCCACAUGAGCACCAGGCCUUGAGACCAAUGGAGUACUCCACUCGACCCCGUCCAAACAGGACUUACGGAAACACUGAUGGGCCCGAAACAGGGUUCAGUGCCACUGACACUGAUGAACGCAGCUCUGGUUCAGCCUUGACAGAAUCUUCUUUGGUACAGACACUGGUGAAGAACAGGACCUUCUCAGGCUCUGUGAGCCACCUUGGGGAAUCCAGCAAUUACCAGGGCACAGGGUCAGUGCAGUUCCCAGGGGACCAGGACCUCCGUUUUGCCAGGGUCCCCUUAGCAUUACACUCAGUGGCUGGGCAACCAUUCCUGAAGGCUGAGGGAAACAGCAACUCUGUAGUACAUGCAGAGACUAAAUUACAAAACUAUGGGGAGCUGGGGCCAGGAACCACUGGGGCCAGCAGCUCAGGAGCAAGCCUUCACUGGGGGGCCCCAACUCAGUCUUCUGCUUAUGGAAAACUCUACCGGGGUUCUACAAGAGUCCCAUCACGAGGAGGGGGAAGAGGGAGAGGAGUUCCUUACUAACCCAGAGACUUCAUUGUCUUGAGAGAUUCCAUCUCUAUCCAUCUUUCCAUCCAGGCCUCUGAACCUUUAAUGAAAUCACUUGCCAGAGUGAGGUAAUCAUCUGCAUUUGGCUACUGCAAAGCUGUCCAUUGUAUUCCUUGCUCACUUGCUGCUAGCAAGUGACUUAGAAUGUUGGCACCAGUUCUCCUGGGAUGGGCUAUAGCUAGAACAUUUACUUCAUAUCUACAUACAGUAGAGAAUAUGGAGAGGGUCAUUAAAUUGAAAAGUAAAUGUUACAUUAAUUAGCUUAUUGCCUGCACUUCUUAAGCAGAAGAGAGAAUAGAUUCCCUUUUGAGAUGGCUCAGGAGAAGCUUUCUUUGUUUUUUAAAGUUUUUUGUUUUUGUUUUUGUGGUUGGUUUCUUAUGAAUUUUAAUUUAGAUUUUCCCCUCGUCAAAAGAGAAUAGUGUUCACAAAAUUUGACCUGUUUUUAGGCUUUUGCUAGAAGUGAAACGAGUGGCCUGGCUGAUUUAAAUAAAGGUUUCCUUCCUCUCCACCAUGUCACAUUUUUUGCUUUUAAGUGAACACUCCCCCUUGACCCCUGUUGAGCAUCUUGAACAUACCUUUUUUCCAAAUAAAUCACUCAUGCUUAAAAUUUGCUCCACUUUGACAAAAGAUAUGCCUCUCUCCCUGCAGUUAAGCAGGUUAUAGAAAGUGGCAUUCUUGGGCAAGUAGGUAGACUUUACCCAGUCUCAUCCCUUUUUUUGUUUGUUUGCUUUUCUUUCCUUUACCUUUCUCCCCUCUCCUCCAUUCCUUCUUUUUCCCCCUCCUUCCUAUUUUCUCCCUCUCUCUCUUUGAGGCAUUUGUUUGGAAAAAAAAAAUCACUGAGCUGCCCAAGAACCUGGAAUAAUAAUUAACCUUUUUUUUUUUUUAAUAAAGGAAAGGAAAUUCAAACUCCUACAUUGUUCUCUGUAACUCUUCAAUUCUAAAAUGUUUUGUUUUUUUAAAACCAUGUUCAGAUGGGGAAACUGAUUUGUAAAGUAUGGACAGCUUAGAAUAUUGCUACUGAGCUGUAGUUAGAAAUGAUGCCUCCAUUCCUAGAGGGCUUAUAAGAGCAGUUAUCAUAUUGUUUACACAUACUAUUUUUAUGUCCCCCUCCCCAAAAGAAAACCACCGUUCAAAUAGCAUUGUGCUAUUGUCAAAGAGAAUUUAAAAAAAAAAAAAAAACUCCUGAAAAUAUAUGGAAAUGUAACCUAGUUUGGGGUGGAUAUUUUUUGAAAUAUAUCAAUACCUGAUACCUUUUUUUAAAAAGAUAAUUUAAAAAUAGCAUACUGUGAGAAAGAACAGUAUUGACAUAUACAUAUCUCCAGCAUGUAUAUCCUACCAAUUUUAGGGACUUUGCUCCAGAAAGAUUUGGUUUUGAUUUAAAAAAAAAAAGAAAAGAAAAAAAAAAGGGUUAAGUGUAAAUUGCCUGGCAAGAACUUGCCUUAUAACAAGAAAGGAAAAAGGCUCUCAGGUUGGGAUAACUUGAGAGGCUUCUCAUUCUAACUUCUAUUUCUAUGAGUACCAGCUUAUGGAGUAUUUUAAAAACAGAUACAUGUCAUUAUUGAUCUUCACAGUCUUAGUCCUUUAUGAAAUGUAGUUUAGGCAACCCCCCCUCUUUUCUUUUUACAAAGAAAGGCAAAAAUCCUCUAGUAUCUUGGAAUACUUUAAAAACUCAAGUGAAGUUUUAUGUUUCAAUGCCAGGUUCUUAAACAAUAAAAUUACUUAUAAGAAGAAAGGUGCAUUAAUUAAAAAAAAAAAACUUUAAGGAAAUGAAAGAAGAACCCUCUUCAGAUAUUCUGAUGAAAACUAUUUUCCCUUUACUGAUACAUAUGUGUGUGUGUGUGUGUGUGCGUGCGUGUGUGUAUAUAUAUAUGUGUGUGUGUGUGUGUGUGUGUAUACAUAUAUACACAUAUAUGUAUAUAUAGGUGUAUUUCUUUAUUCUCUGGGUUUUGGUCUGGCCUUGCUCUCAGGCUAGUAAUCAAACCUUCUAACCAUUUUGGCUUUGAUGGGUUUUGUAAACCAGUGUGUCCAGCUAGAUUUCCUAGGCACACUGACAUAAUAUUGGUAAACCACACUUACUGAAGUUCAUCUGAACGUUCUGUCUGAUAACUUUAGUCUUCAGACAUGGGACUUUGUAUGUUAGAAUAUUUGAAUUUGAGGUAUUGGACUCCAUUCCUCUGUUUUUGGUUAAAGCUGAGCCUGAAAUACGUUCAGUAGUAUCUGCCCAGAGAAAAAAAAUAAUUGUUUUCCCACCAAAUAUGAAUAAAAUUCUCUAUAUUUUCAUUGUAUUUUGGUUAUAAACAAUCAUCAGUAGUGUUUUUCCUUCCCCUAUGCCAUCCCUUAUUUUUAAUUAUGCCAAAUAUUCUAAAUAAUAUACGUAAGCUUCCAUUUCUCCAUCCCUACUAGCGAAGGGGAUGGGUGUAUGAGUGAAUGUGUGUAUGUGUAUGUAUGAUCCCAUCUCACCCUCACCCUCAUUUGGGGCAUCUUUAAAAUGAAAUGAAAUUUUUUUUUAAAUUUUGACUCUAAAAAUGGGAGAAUUGUUUUAAUAUUCUGGAAUAUGUGUGGAGGAAAAAAGUAUUUGCGGAUUUUUCAGCUACGUUGUCUAUAAACAUGAUGGAAGUAAAAGUUUGGCUGAAUUUCAACUUGACUGCUUGGAAAUUACAAACCAAAUUCCAUUCAAAAGUGGUUUUGUUUUUGUUUAAAACUAUUGUACCAUGGGAAAUACUAAGUCUAUUAAAUUCAUUAUUUUGAACAGA